ACCGUAUCUGUAGUCUGGCAGGUACCUCCAUGUCGUUCUAUUCAGCUUUCCCCACCAUCUUCACAUCCCAACCAAACUCACAACUACAUACAUGCCUCCGCCCUCAACCCUAAGGCGGCUUCUCCCGGCCUCUUCUCCCGCAGAUCUUCCUCCUGUCAAUAUUGGCGAUGGCGUCAGAAAGACACCCUCGAGGAGAGUGACGGUAGCUUGCUUGGAAUGUCGCAAGCGUAAAUCAAAAUGUGUGGGUGGUGUACCGUGUGACCUUUGUCGCCGCAACAAUAGAGCUUGUUCCAUCGACGAGGAGAAGGAUGGGCGCCGUAAGGGCUUGCUCCGGCGCAAGCUGCAAGACCUCGAACAAGACAGCGUCCUCCUCCAUGAGCUAGUGGAGAAUAUCCGCCAUCCAGAUCGGAAGAGGCUCGAUAGACUUCUCACUUGUCUCCGGGGGGGUGCCCCACUGGAUGAGGUACGACGAUUUCUGAGUUCAUCUCCAACACCCUCGUCUUCGUCGGCCUGCCGUGAACUGGCACAAUCGGUGUCGGCGGCCACCACGGAUCUCAGUCUACGAACAGGGUGGACUCUCUAUCGUGUUCCAGCCCAGCCCUGGACCCGGGUCACCGAUGAUGCGGACUACGUGUCUCACCUAAUAUCACUCUUCUUCACCUGGUUUCCCGCCACUUCAAUUUGGAUCGAUCGCGAUAUCUUCACUCGGGACAUGCAGUCUGGCCGGCCGGACUCAGCGUUUUGUUCACCCGCCCUUGUCAACGCCCUCCUUGCUCUUGCCUGCUUCUAUGCCAAUCCAUGCAAAGCUGAUACCGUGUCGACAUCACCUACAAUGCAAAUGUUACAAUUAUACCAUGAGGCAAAGGAUAUCUUGGAGCAGGAGACCGAUGAAUUGAAGCUUACCAGCGUUCAGGCGCGGAUUGCAUUAUACCUUUGUACGUAUGGUCUGGGUAAAGGGAUGCUUGGUUGGCAGAUAUUGACCGAGCUCAUGGACUGUGCCCGGGAACUCAUCGCCCAACGGGAAGCCAUAACCGCACGAGCUGGGAACGAGGCGCAGGAAACGGUCCGAGCAAUUGACAGAGCUCUAUAUGGACUGUUCAGUCUUACACCCGUCAGUUAUACUGUGUCUCCUGGACAGGCUAUGAUGCCGAAACCCCCCGCCUCCCGGUUUCCUCCAAAUCAUGGUGUCAGCGACACGUGGUGGCCCUAUCCCUUCAGGGCCGAACCGGUGUUUGCCCAUACCAACUGCCUCAUUAACGCGAUGCUCGACAUCCAAUCGAUCGAGUGGGACUUUUCGACCGCGCACUCGGCCCAAAACGGGAUGCCAUCGCCGCCCCCGACGGACAAGACAGUCGAUAGCUUCUACCAUCGUCUGAAUAAAUGGGCGCAACAGCUCCCUGAGUGCAUCCGGGUCGGUCCCAUCCCGACCCCAGGCGUGAUUGAUCUCCAUAUACGAUACCAUGCCGCGAUUAUCUCCGUGCUCCGAUGCACACAACCGUACCAAGAGAAGAAAGACGCCAUCGUCCCGCCAGCCGGUCCUGGUAGAGACCUCUGUAUAUCCUCGGCGCAAGAGAUCCGUUCGCUCGUCAAUAACUACCAUUCGCGCUGGCCAAUCGACUCCCUCCCGGUGACGUACAUCCAUUAUAUCAUGCUCGCGCUACGGACUCUGCUGGAGCUUUUGCCCGCGGGCGCAGGCACCGAGGCGUUCAUCGACCUCCACAUGGCGCUCCGUGCGAUGAGCCGUCGGUGGCCUAUGGCGAGAGCGAGCCUUCGGCUGCUCCGGUAUCGUGUCAACGCUAAAGCAUAAUUCCGGGGCCGUCAAUGCCAUGAUUUCGUAUUUUUUUUUGUGAAAGUGUACGGUCUGUUUAAUUGCUCGCCGUGUUACUGG